CCUUCCUAAACACAAUUGUCUCUCUCCAAGCCCUACUCUUUCUCUCUCUCUCUCUCUCUCUCUCUCUCUCUCUCUCUCGUCCGCUUGCCGCUUGUGGCCUUAGUCUCUCUCUCUCUCUCUGUUGGUUAUUGUCGCCACUUGCCGCCGCAGCCGCCGUAAACCAGAGCAAUUGGUUUUGAAUUGCGAUUAAGUGUUAAGUAAUAAUGGAGGAGUCUGAGAAAAGACGUGAAAGGCUGAAGGCAAUGCGAAUAGAAGCUGCUCGAGCAGGAGUUAAUACUGACUCUGAGAGUUCAGGACUGCCAUCUCGUGGCCUUUCCAACCCUUUGAUUGAAAGCGAAACCACUUCUGCCUCUCCACUUCAAUAUACAUCUCCAAGAUUUGAUUAUUACACGGACCCUCUGGCAGCAUUCUCUGGGAGUAGAAGGAAUAACACUUCUCAUCAGGUCUCCCAAGGACAUUACAACACACCUUCGAGACCUGUGUAUCAUGGUAUGACUCCAACUCCAGUUUAUCAAAAUGCACCUCCCAACCCUCCAGGUCAGAUAAUGUUCCACCCUCCAGGAGCUCAUCUCAGUCAUGGUCCUUUUGGAAGUCCAAUGGAAGCAAACAGCCCUUUGAGUAGACCCCAUUUCACUCAUGGUCCUCUUAGAAGUCAAAUGGAAGCAAACAGCUCUUUGAGUAGACCCCAAGGAAAUCCUCCAAGUGCUUGGGGUGGAUCAGGAGCUGCCUUAAGUUAUAGCAGUCCUCCCAAUUUGUAUAGAGGUGGUAAUUUCACCAGACCAGACUUUGGAGGGGAUUCUCCUUAUGUUAAAUAUGGCCGAGGCAGAGGUCAGAGGUACAGCAGUAGUUCCCACUAUGAUUCGGGAAGGGGUAGAGGUCAGUCGACUGCUAAUUGCAUGAGUCCAGGUUCAGGACAUAGUAGCAGCAGAGGAAGAGGUUCACGUGAUUCUGUCUCUGCAGAGCUACGUCCAGAUUUGUAUUACAGUAAGGGUAUGAUGGAAGACCCGUGGAAAAACAUGACUCCUGUUGUUUGGAAGGGUGUUCCUGCCUCAGAUUCUGAUAAAUCCUGGCUUCCAAAAUCUGUUCAGAUGAAGAAAGCUAAAGUUUCUUCAGAAGCUUCGCAGCCGUCAAUUUCUCAGCAAAGUCUUGCCGAGUACCUGGCUGCCUCAUUCAAUGACUCAAACGAUGAGGCUGUUGAUGAAGAGAGAGGCACAUGAAGAAUGUGAUUCCUCUGCAACAAGGAACUAUAAGGCAUCAGCAGUGAAGGCCACCAAAUGCAGCUAAAUGUGCACACAUCUGGAAUGACAGUAAACUAUGUGGCUCUUCUGCACAUAUUUUGCUUGCUUGUUGCCUCGUCCGUUUACUGGUGAGAUUCAGUUUCAGAUUCAAAUUGCAUUCAUCCAGAGAAGUAUCCAGGCAGCUGCUCAGCAGAUGAAUCCAUGUGCUAUGAACUCAAUUGAUUGGUUUCACUUAUGUCAUACUCUUUAGUUAAAUUGUGAUCAUAGCUGGAUUUUGUUCUGUUUCAGAAUGUUUGAUUAGGCCGGUUACUACCUGUGGAAGUUGAAACCACUUGGGCAACAUUCAAAGUGGAUAGUAUGUAAUAGUCUAUUGUCUCGGUGGAACAUGGAACUUCACAUGCAUUACAUGUGAAGUUUUCAACAGACAUCAAAUGAAAUAGAGAAGCUAUUUAGAAUUCAGGUUGCAGAGAGGAGCCAGAACAACAAUGUCUUCUGAGUUCUAAUUACCAACGUAGAGUUAUGUAAUUAUUUAUCUUGUAUGAAUGUCUUUUUACAAAGUUGUCUUACAAAUAAUUAUUGUUUUAGUUAAAAGAUGCUGUAGAAUUUAAAUUAGAAAAGCAUGUCGUCAAUGGCCGCACGUCGGGCUCUUUGGAAAUA